AUGAGUGCGUGGGCAAACGAGAGUUUUGACGUUGGCCUCGCCGGUGGUUUUGGCGAUUCGUCGUUUGCUACUGCGGAAAGUGCGUUUGAUCGAUCGCGCAUCACCGAUAAAAUUCCGAUUCCGGCAAGUGUUGCUGAUUUAUGCGCUGUUGAUCCGAAUGACGAAAAAUACACGUUGGGGAAAUUUGCGUUUAGCACGGUUCGAGUGAUUGGGCAAAUAAAGAGUUCAAGCAUAACCGAUGAUGGUCAAUCAAUCGAAUAUAUUAUAACAGAUCCAAAAGUCUCUGGCGCAGAAUUUCUUGUCACACAUUAUAGAGGCAUUUCACAGGACGAUAUCUCAGCAGAUCCAAUCGUUGAAGGUACGGAAAUAUUGGCAUUUGGAAAAUUGCGGAGCUUCAAUCGCAAAUUUGUGAUAGUGGCUUUUGUGGUUCGAGAGGUUGAAGACAAACGCGAAAUUGAUGCUUUAGCCCUUGAAGCUAAGUUGGCUCGUCUUUAUUAUACGCAAAAUAUACCAGAAAUGAAUGCCAUGGAUCUCAGUCGAUUCGACGGAACUAUUCUACAGGGUGCAGCAGCGGCUAAAAGCGAUAUAAAUUCUGGAUGGGGUAUGAACAGUUCAUGGAAAGAUUCAAAGCAGGUCUCAAGUUCUGCAAAUAAAGGAAGCAUUAAUCAAACAUAUGAAAGUUGUCGUGGUUUGACUGGUCAGAGAGCAGAAAUCUUCAAAUAUCUGCGCAUCAAUGGCGAUGAAAUGGUUGGUGCAAGUCUUGAUAGCAUUCGACAAGGUAUUUCGCGGUUGGUGUACAAUCCACAGACAUUUGAUGCUGACAUUGAACAUUUGGCUUCUGAAGGUCUUAUUUAUUCCACAUCCGAUGAUUUUCAUUUUGCUGCCAAUGCCUGA